CGUAGUGGGUAGAUAAUAAGAGACAUGGCGGGCUUAGAGGUGUUGUACACCUGUGUCGCUGGCAGCAUCAGCUGCCCGCAGGACGCCGUGGUGUGUUUCGUUCACUGGGAAAUGAUAAAGAGUGGAUUCAGGUGUGUCGGGUCCGGAGACGUGCCCCGCGCCAGCGACAAGAAGUCCGAGCUGCUGCCUGCUGACUGGAGCGGCAACAAGGAGCUGUACAGUCUGCGGUAUAAAGCCGGCGACAGCGGCACCCAGUUGUUGCUCAAGGCCAUCGCUGUCGACUCCACCUUGAUCUUCAACCUGAUGAACUCCAGCACGCAGCAGGUGUCGGACUUGACGGUCAACAUCGGCGAUCACGUGGACGCUGACCAGCUGCAGACGUUUGACAGUGUGUUCAAAGAUGCAGACAGUUUGUCAGAGAAGGUGAAGACUCAGCUGCUGCCCUCCCCGGACAGACCGACGGGACAGAGAGCAGAAAAGGCAGAGAAGAAGAGUCGGAGGGAGGAGGAGGAGGCGGAGGAGCAAAGCAGAAGAAGAGAGGACAGCGACCCCCUCCGCAUCCCCAGCAGACAUCCCCGCCAGGGAACACACCCCCACUGGCCCGACCCCAUGUUUCCUCCGUUCGCAGCUGGAGGAGCAGAUCUGGAUCCCUUUGGGUCUCGUGGCAGCGGCGGGAUGAUAGUCGACCCGUUGAGGUCGGGGUAUCCUCGCUCUGGUUUUGACCCAUCCAGCGGCAUACCAGACAUUUUGCCCCCCGGAGCCGUUCCCCCAGGAGCUCGCUUUGACCCGUUUGGACCCAUCGGACGCCACAGACCAGGGCCGGACCCAGACCACAUGCCCCCGCCCGGCUAUGACGACAUGUUCAUGUAGUACCCAGCGGAGCCUCCUGUUCUCUAGGCAACAGCGGGGAAAGUUCUCAUCUUCACCUCCUCGAGGGUCUGGCUUGAUCCAGUUUAGAGGCCCAAAAAUAACUUUUUUUUUUUUUUUUGCCUUAUUUUCUCCAGUUUUUUGAGAAGGAGGGUUCGUUUUUCUAAUUGUGCAUUUCACGUAACUAAUGUAAAAGUCAUGUAUAUAACCUGUGUUCAAGAAUCCUGCUCUUGACGUCAAAUCGGUGUUAAAUAUCCAUCAGGAAAGAAUAAAUGUAAGUCACACUGAUGGACGGACACAGCUCCAAAUGAAAGAUGUUUUUGACGUUGAACUGACAUUGGACGAAAACUGAACACAAAAAACUGUCAGGCAGGUUUAGACAACCAUACACUGGAAAAUACAAACUGGUCAUAAUCUCAAAUUUUGUGUUUCAUACCAACAUCUGAUCACUUGAGUUUUUUUUUUUUUCUAUUUAAAGACACAUUGUCAAUGCAGGGAGGUAACGUGUGGACAACCUUGUUCGCGGGUGGUAAUGUAACUGGAAAGCCGCUGACGUGUGUGUGCAGCCGCUCACACUCUCGUAUACUCUAAAAACGAACCAGCGAUUCAGCAUCGGGUCUGUGGAAAGUCCUUUAACCUUCAGAGUAAAACCCUCCUUCCUCUGCGUCCUGAACGAUAGAAGAGAGAUCAGUAGUCUGUUUAGAUUCCCAUCAUCCCAGAAAACUGCAUCUUCUUGUAAUUUAUUCAUAAAAGAAUUUUCUUUAACUCCUUGUGUUUUGUGGACGUAUUCGAGAAGCUUGAAAUGUAGUUCUUAACAGUUGUGGGUUGUUUUUUUUUUUUUUUUUUUGUUCGUUUUGUUUGGAUUGUAGUUGAUUUAACAGCGCGGCUGAUGAAUUAUCUCCUGCUAAAAUGCUCAAAUAAAAAUCCCAGACUUUA